AUGAAGUCAGAUUUUAGAUUCUCAAAUCUCUUGGGUACCGUUUAUCGCCAAGGCAAUAUACUUUUCUCCGAAGAUGGCACACAGCUGAUAUCGCCGGUGGGCAAUCGAGUGUCAGUGUUCGAUCUCGUGCACAACAAGUCAUUCACAUUUGAAUAUGAGCACCGCAAGAACAUCAGCUGCGUUGCGCUCAACCCCCAGGGCACUCUGCUGCUGUCCGUGGAUGAGGACGGUCGUGCUAUACUGGUCAACUUCAGAGCCAAGACUGUGUUGCAUCACCUCAACUUUAAAGAGAAAGUAAGAGACCUGAAGUUUUCGCCCGAUGGCAAGCUUUUCGCUUUAGCCUGCGGGCGGUUUGUGCAGGUAUGGAAGACUCCAGAAGUGGCUGAGGACCGGCAAUUCGCACCUUUCGUUCGCUACAGAGUCCAUGCAGGUCACUUCUCUGAUAUCAUUUCUUUGACAUGGUCGCAGGAUUCACGUUUUCUGGUGUCCACCUCUAAGGAUUUAACCGCUCGUAUCUGGUCUCUGGAUUCGGAAGAGAAGGACCUUGCGUCUGUCACCUUUGCAGGCCACAGAGACUAUGUCAUGGGGGCUUUCUUCUCUUCUGACCAAGAACGCAUCUAUACUGUUAGCAAGGAUGGUGCAGUGUUCCAGUGGGAGUACACAAUAAGACCAGGUUACGAAGCCCUUGGGGAAGAGCCAGAAACUGAGAUAGAUCCAUCCCUCUAUAGCUGGAGGAUUACCAAGAAGAACUACUUUUACGCGUCCCAGGCCAGAGUAAAAUGUGUCACGUUUCAUGCGAAGUCUAAUAUGCUGAUUGUUGGUUUCAACAACGGUGAAUUUAGACUUUAUGAAUUGCCAGGCUUUACCUUGCUCCAGCAGCUAUCAAUGGGCCAAAAUGCAGUCAACGCUGUAUCUGUUAACAAUACCGGUGAAUGGUUGGCAUUUGGUUCUAGUAAACUGGGGCAGCUGCUUGUCUAUGAGUGGCAAUCAGAGUCAUAUAUUCUGAAGCAGCAGGGCCACUUUGAUGCCACCAAUGCAGUCACUUACUCCCCAGACGGGUCACGAGUUGUAACGGCGUCCGAAGAUGGCAAAAUCAAGAUUUGGGACGUUGUAUCUGGCUUCUGCUUAGUGACCUUCCAAGAGCAUACUUCUGCAGUCACGGGCUUAGCGUUUGCAAAGAAGGGUCAAGUGCUUUUUUCCGCAUCUUUAGAUGGGACAGUAAGAGCUUGGGAUCUUGUUCGUUACCGUAAUUUCAGAACUUUCACGGCUGCAGAGAGGAUUCAAUUUAACUGUUUGGCCGCCGAUCCAUCUGGAGAGGUUGUUUGUGCAGGUUCUGUCGACAGUUUUGCAAUUCAUGUAUGGUCCGUGCAAACUGGCCAGCUAGUCGAGACAUUGGAUGGUCAUGAAGGCCCAGUAUCUUGCCUGUCAUUUAGCCGUGAAAACAGCGUUCUAGCGUCAGCCUCGUGGGACAAAACGAUCAGAGUAUGGUCGAUUUUCGGUAGAUCUCAGCAAGUGGAGCCUCUGGAAGUCUAUGCAGACGUCCUUUCGAUAGCUGUCAGGCCAGAUGGCAAUGAGGUUGCAGCUUCUACUCUCGACGGUCAAGUCUUAUUUUUUGACAUAAACGAAGGCAAACAAGUCGGUGCUAUCGACGGGAAAAAAGACAUUGUAUCCGGGAGACAUCUGGAAGAUAGAUUUACUGCAAAGAGUUCUGCGAGAUCGAAAUAUUUCACCACCAUAGAUUACAGCUUUGAUGGUCUCUCCAUUGUUGCUGGCGGCAACAACAACUCCAUAUGCCUGUACGACAUACCUAACAGCGUUCUACUGAAAAGAUUCAUUGUGUCGAGGAAUAUGUCUCUAAAUGGUACCCAACAGUUUCUUAACAGUAAGAAAAUGACCGAAGCAGGCUCCUUAGAUCUAAUCGACCGUGAUGCCGAGAAUUCAGACCUCGAAGACAGAAUUGAUAACUCUUUGCCUGGCUCCUCCAGAGGCGGCGAUCUGUCGACGAGAAGAGUCAGGCCCGCCAUUAGAAUCACGGGUCUCAAGUUCUCUCCUACAUCUAACGCCUUCGCUGCAGCGUCUACCGAGGGUAUUUUAAUAUACUCAGUGGACGAUUCGUUGAUUUUCGAUCCAUUCGACUUGGAUAUAGACAUCACACCUCAAGCAGUAAUAGAGACUCUUCAAGAAAAGGAGUAUUUGCAUUCUCUUGUGAUGGCUUUCAGGCUCAACGAAGAAUACUUGAUUAAUCGCGUUUAUGAAGCAGUGCCUCUGAAAGACAUAGAGCUUGUCAGCAGUGGUCUUCCAGUCGUUUACCUGGCUCGGAUGCUGAAAUUUAUUGGAGAUUUUGCGAUGGAAUCGCAACACCUGGAAUUUAACCUGAUAUGGAUCAAGGCACUACUUUCUGCCCACGGGCACUACAUCUCGUCACACAAAAACGAAUUUGGUUCUUGCCUGAGGUCAGUUCAGCGCUUUAUCGGGCGCAUUGCCAAGGAUGUAGUGGCUGCGUCAAAGGACAACAAGUAUGCCUACUUUUUCCUAACUUCCACCGACGGUUCUGUCGAGGGAGGCGUUAGUGAUGGAGAAGAUCAUAAACAUGUUAACAACUCUGAUUCUGAGGACGAGGCAGAUGGUUCUGAGGACGAGGUAUUAACAGGAGCCUCAGAUGAUGAAGAGGGCUGGAUCGGAGUUACAGACACAAAAAACAAACUCCCUCUCCAACUUGAAGAGGACUCGGAUGAAGACCUUAUCUGA